AUGACUGACAACACAAUGCCGACCAUCAAAAUGAAGAUGUCCAAGGUGACUGUUGAUGACACAAAGGUAGCCAACACUAUGGAGGCCUGGUCUUUUAUAAUCCAGGGUGGUUAUCAGGAGAUACUAAACUGGUACUGCAGUGUCCAUGAGUGCUGUGAAUCAGGAGACUGUCGCCUAAUUAACAACAUCACAGGGCUUGACCAUGACCUGAGCAAAAAGUUACACGGGCAGCACCUGGCCAAGGAGGUUGUGGUGAAAGCAGUGAAAGGUUUCUUAGCAACCAAAAACCCUGAGAAAGCACUGGCGCUCUCCUUCCAUGGUUGGUCUGGUACUGGCAAGAACUUCGUGGCCAAAAUGAUAGCAGACAACCUGUACCGAGAUGGGCUGAGAAGUGAGUGUGUGCAUUUCUACAUCGCUCCCUUCCACUUUCCACUUGCCAAUAUGGUCGACAUUUACAAGGCUCAACUCCAGCAGUUUAUCCUGACAGCUGUACAACAGUGCAAACGAUCUUUGUUCAUAUUUGAUGAGGCAGAAAAGCUACAUCAAGGCCUCAUUGAUGCCAUCAAGCCUUACAUUGACCAUUAUGACCAUGUGGAUGGGGUGGACUUCAGAAAGUCCAUGUUUAUUUUCUUAAGUAACAUAGGAGGAAAUUCCAUAAACAGGGUGACACUGGAAUUUUGGCGAGCUGGACAAAAUCGAGAGGAGAUCACCAUGGAGGACUUGGAACACCAAAUCCAAAGAGAAGCUACAACUUCGAGAGGGGGAUUUACUCAUAGUGGCCUUGUGACUGAGAACCUCAUUGACUUCUUCAUCCCUUUCUUACCUCUGGAGUACAAACAUGUUAAGUUGUGUGUGCGUGAUGCUCUUCGGUCCAGAGGAAUCAAGUAUGAUUUAGACAUCCUGGAUGAAGUAGCUAAGGGAUUGCUGUAUUUGCCAAAGGAGGAAAAGCUCUUCGCCGCACAAGGCUGCAAAUCAGUCUCACAACGGGUUAACUUUUUUCUGCCCUGA